CGAUCACACUGUCCUUUUCAAACAAUCUCAACUACGGCGACUCGCUCAAGAACCUACAGCUCGCGCCGAUCCGCCCUGCCCCCAACCCCCCUCGCCGUCGCCGUGCCUCCCUAUCUCGUCGCGGCGUCGACCUCGCGGGCCUUAUCUCUGCUAUCUAUCUGCCCGCCUGCGUCGACUCGGCCAGCGGCAAAUCAUCGCCCGCUACCUGCUUGCUAGCUGACGGCGACGACGACCCCCGUUGGACGCCGCCGAGACGCGCCGCGCCACUUGCUUGUGGGUCUCCUGGCUGCCCGGUGCGGGCUAUUCUGCGCCGCCUGCUCGCUGGUGCACGUGAGCAUUCCACUAGCGGCAACGACGACCUUGUGACCACCACCACCACCACUGGCUGGCCACCCCACUUGCCCAUUGUUCCACAUCUCACUCCUUCUCGUCUCCUCACUCUCGACGACAUCCCGAACCGGGUGCACGGGGUGCACAAGCACGCACGCAGCAACACGACUCGACACCGACAACUAACACUCGCUCAUCAACCACAACCACCACCGAGCCUUUGUCAUCCAGCCUCCCCCGCCCCUCCCCGCCGCCAUGUCCGAACUAGGCCCCUCCCCCACCUUUGCCCACGGGCACGCGCACGGCCCCGGCGCCGCGCCGCGCCCCCAGAUGCCGCCAGACGGCCGCGCAUACUUUGACCCCCAGCACGUUCUCCCCGGCACCUCGUUGAGUCCGACCAAAGCCGAGCACCACCCGCCAGGCAGCGCGGCGGUCCCGCCAUCGCGUAAGCGCGCACGCGAGUCCAUGUCGACCGACGACAAGCCAAAAAUCAAGGCUGGGUCACCAACCCCACCCAAGGACUCGAAGGACGGGCUGCCCUCCAUCCUCGUGCGCGAGAAGAAGCAAAAGGCGUGCGCAAACUGUCGACGCGCAAAACUCAAGUGUAUCGUCGAGGACGGCGAGACCGACUGUGUGCGAUGCCGAGCGCGCAAGGAGCGCUGCGUCUUCUACCCUCGCGGUCACGACGAGGACUGGCAGCAGACUCUGACCGGCGACGUUUACGCUGCCAUCCGGCACCUCACCCAGCUGAGCACGACAGUGCACCACAUCCUCGACCACCUCGUGCUUCACGGCAUCGUGCCGCCCAUUGACAAGCCGCUCGAGCGCUUCGACGCACCCGAGCGCGAGAUGGCGCUGCUGCAAGGCUGGGGCGCCGAGCGUAACCGCGAGCUCGUGGGCCCCGAGGGCCGCAAGCGCGCGCGCAAGGGCAAGAAGGAGGAGGAGAUGGACGACGACGACGAUGGCGCUGAGUCUCUCCCCCAGCCGUUCGACUAUGGCGCCGGCGUCGACCUCCAGCGCCGCACGAGCAACGGCAUGCCCCCGACCGUUAUGCGCCCCUCAGAUAUGCAGAUGCCGAUGAACAACGGGUACGACAGGGUGAGCACGUCGCCCGAGACGACGAUGAGGCCCCUCGUCGGGCCACAGACGGCGCCGCAGGGAUUCCGGAAUCCGAGCGCCAACCCAGUCAUGGUCAACACCGAGGUCGACAUGACGAGCUUCAACAACUACACCCUCACGCCGAACGGGCGAAACGCGCAGGGAGGACCGGCGACGGGCGAGACGGGUGCGGCGACGACAACAGGGACGGGAGUGACUCCGGAAACAGCAGGCAUCUCGUCCAUCUCGCCAGUCGACCACGGCUCGUUCCCCGGCAUGGUGAUGGAGUCUAGUGCCAGCACGGGCAACAACCAGCAGCAGUCGACGGCUCUUGUCUCCCCUGGCGCUGGCGCAUACAACCCCGGACAGGGCAUUUUCGGACUACUCAACGGCGCCAAGGCCAAUGGUGGUCCGCAGCCACCGUCGCCGCCGGUCCCCUCUUUCCAGACGGACAGCCUCGGCUCGGCGGACCCUCGCCCAAACAUUGUCAAGCGCGGCUUGAUCGCCAACGGCGACGCGCUGUCCCUUGUCAACUAGCUUCCACUCGCGCCUGUCCCCAUGGCUCUUUGGCUACAGGCUGCAGUUCACCAAGUUUCCGUACAUUCCGCAAGGCCCGAGCGUCAUUACCCCGUUCAUCCUUUCAGUCAUGUGCCUCGUCGCGGCCGAGCGCGUGCCCAACAUGCACGAGCACCGCCCAACACUUGCCCGCGAGGUCACGCAGCUGCUCGUCAACUCGCCCGCCGACAGCUUCAUCUCCACACUGGACCAGCCCUUCGGCGGCGGAUCAGGCAACAAGGAUGACGACGGCGAGGAGGAGCUCGACCCCGAGCUCGGUAUCGGCCCAGAGGAGAUUGUCGGUGCCUGCAUCCUCGCGACGUUCAUGACCGAGCGUGAGCAGGCCGCCACAAUUGCUAGCAGUGCCUUCAAGUGGGCACGAGGCUGGAUCAAGUGGACGUCCCUGACCGUGCCUCUGCCCCCGACCCUCGGCGAGGUGUGUGGUUUGCUGCCUGUCAAGCGAGACGCUACGCGCGAGGACAUGGCGCGGGUGUGGCUCCUGUGUUAUAUUGUGGACGGAACCGAAGCUCUCCAGAGGGACAACCCGGCCGCGCCUCGCCGCGACCCCAUGGCCUACUGCCAUGUUCUUGUCCCCGACUCGCCACUGCCAGGCGACUCGUACUCGCCCCACGACAUCCUGCUCACCUUCCACGCGCGCCUGAUCACGCUCCUGCGUGACUGGUACCACCGGCGGUCGCAGAGCGAGGCGGCGAUUGCUGGAGCUGGCGCUGGCGCACAGGCCGCGGCCCAUGCGAGGCUUGCGUCGUCGAUCAACGCCAGCCUCGAGUGGUGGCGCGCCGACUUGGAGUCGCACUCGCUCGCCGCCGAGUGGAUGCGCCACGUUGAUCUCUUCUGGGAGUUUGCGCGCAUGCUGGUCAACGCGACGAGCGCAAAGAGCCUCUCGGCCAACCCGCGUCUGCGCGCCGCGAGCUGGGCUCAUGGUGUUGAGGCUGCCGUCGGUUUAUUGGAGAAGUGCUCGUCCUGGCCAAGCAGGGACGAGCUGGCGAACCUGCCGCCGUGUUAUCUUUCUAUGAUCACCCUCGCGGGCUCGGUGCUGGUCGACGCGAUCAAGGACCAGGGUGUGGCCGAGUGCCCGUUCCAGGCGGACGACGCCGUGCCGCUCCUCAAGGACGUGGCCGACAUGCUUGGCUCGGGCGGGCUGCCGCACCAGCACGUGAGCCGCACUGCGGGGGCCACGCUGCGCGGGUAUGCCGAGCAGCUGUCGCGAUUUGUGUAGCGUGCAGGACAGGAUUCACAAGUCAGUCUGUACAACGUCUGUUGUGUUAGUAGCGACUUUGGUCGACUUUUGGUAGCCAUAAUGCUAGUUUAUUCACGGG